AUGGAUAUAAAUGAAUGUGAAUCAUCUCCUUGUCAGAAUGAUGCUACGUGUACAGAUAACAUCAAUGGCUUUACCUGUAUAUGCCCUGCAGGAUAUCAUGGCUUCAGUUGCGAACUCGAUGUUGAUGAAUGCAAAUCUGUACCGUGCCAAAAUGAUGGAACCUGCACCGACAGUGUCAAUGGCUACACUUGUGAAUGCACAGCUGGGUAUAAUGGGACCAACUGUGAUCUAGACAUAAAUGAAUGUUUGUCAUCACCUUGCCGAAACGAUGGCAACUGUACAGACAAUAUCAACGGAUACCAAUGUGCAUGUGUGUCCGGAUACACUGGCGUUAACUGCGAAAUCGAUACAAAUGAAUGUGCAUCAUUACCUUGUCAACACGACGCCAACUGCACAGACAACAUUAAUGGAUACAAAUGUAUUUGUGUAUACGGAUAUACUGGUGCUAACUGUGAAUUCGACAUAAAUGAAUGUUUGUCAUCACCUUGCCGAAGCGAUGGCAACUGUACAGACAAUAUCAACGGAUACCAAUGUGCAUGUGUGUCCGGAUACACUGGCGUUAACUGCGAAAUCG